AUGGGACUAGAAAAUGAACGAAAGAUGCUUACCAAAUCAGGAGAAACCAAAGAGGAAGAAGAGGAGGAAGAAUCAGUGGACCCCUUAACAACAGUGAGAGAGCAAUGUGAGCAGUUGGAGAAGUGUGUAAAGGCCCAGGAGCAGCUAGAGCUUUGUGAUAAGUGUGUAUCUUCCUGAUCACAGACAGAAAAGGAUUGAACAGAGGAGCUCUUUGACAUCUUGCAUGCAUUUGACCACUGUGUGGCCCACAAACUCUUUAAUAGGCUGAAGUAGCUGCACAG